AAAAAAAAAAAAGGUUCGGAAAGGAAAUCAUGGCGAGCAUUGCUGCAUGAAUACGGUGCGGGGUGUUUGUUUAGGGACAGAGAGCGAGAGCUGAAGAGCGAGCAAUGAGUACCUCAGAGUCCGUACAAAACAGUUUGGACAUUUCUGAUUUUGAUCACACUCCUUAUUACUGUGAGGAGAACGUAUACUUCCUUUGCAAGAAAUUAUGCACCAGUGGAGUGGCAGACGCUGGGGGAUCUGAUCUUUUUGUCGUUUUCAUUUCCAAUGAAAAUAAACAGAUUCCAUUGUGGCAUCAGAAGGCCAGCAAAAGAGCAGACGGGAUAGUUCUCUGGGAUUAUCACGUUGUUUGCAUUCAGAAAAGAAGAGAAGGUGACACUCCUCACUUAGUGUGGGAUUUAGAUUCAAGCCUUCCAUUUCCAUCUCCUUUAACCUCCUAUGUGUCAGAAACUAUCCGGCCAUCAUUUCAGCUCUUCUCUGAGUACCAGAGGUUUUUCCGGAUUGUGCAUGCUCCAAUAUUUCUUCGUUGCUUUGCAUCUGAUAGAAGACACAUGAAAGAUUCUGUUGGGAACUGGACUGUUGAACCCCCUGUAUAUGAACCCAUAGUCGCUGAAGGGCUCCCAGUCAGCCGUUAUGUUGGAGGACAUUAAUUCUCUGGGCGAGUAUCACGGGCGGAUAUCACGCUGGAUAUUCUUUGUUCGUUGUGUCAUUGAUCCGUGGUUAAUGACAGCUGGGUUUGAAUUACAUAUUGGCGCGUAGUGGUUGUUGGCUCUUCAGUCAAGGGUCAUGGACCUCGGACCUUUGAUCCACGGGCUCUCUCGGGCGUGGGCUCGGCCCACUCUUUAAGGGGGAUUAUUUGUCCCUCCAAUUGUCAUAGAAAUGGACAUGAUGUGGUGUUCUCUCCUGUAAUCUAUUAGAGGAAUUUGGAGAACAUUGUGUUGUGUAAACGGUCAUUUCUUGACAAGCAACCACGUCAAUGAAUAUCGUUUCCUUUCUUUCUGUUUCUCAGUUAAUACUUCUGAAUAUUAGCUAUUUAAGUAGCUUUUGGGAUAAAAUUGGAUUCCCAAAAGUAUUGUAUUUUGAUGUGAUAACAUCGCUCUAAGGCUUUAUGACAAGGCUUUACUUUUCUGUCUCCCGUAUCUGCUU